AUGGCUGCUCUGCCGCCGGAAGUUGAGGCGUCGUACUCAGCCAUCAUCGACAGCAUCCUCGCGAGCAGCGACUUGAACACCAUCUCCGCCAAGCGCAUACGGAAAGGUCUCCAGGAACGGAUCGAGUAUGACAUCUCGCACCAGAAGCAAGCUGUCACGGACCUCAUCAUGCAGCGCUUCGACAAGUUCAACGCCGAGCAGAACGGCGCCGCGCCCGAAUCCGAGCCCACAGAGCCCGUCCCCACCGUCGAAGUCCCCACUGCGAAUGGUACAAAGGGCACCGCCGCCGAUACCCCCAAUGGAAUCUCAAAGCGGUCGCCAGACGAGUCGGCCCUGUCGGAACUCGAUGAGUCCCCGCCAAAGAAGAAGCAGAAGAAGCAGAGGAGCAUCGAAGAUGAUGAUGCGGCUUUUGCGGCGAAGUUGCAGGCGGAGGAGAACAGGCGCGCUAGGUCAACGCGUGGCGCUAAUACCAAGAAGAGGGCGACGGUGCCGAAGAAGAAGACGCAGAAGAAGAAGAGCGCGAACAGGGUCAAGGAUGAGGAUGAUAGCGACAUUGGCUCUGGGAGUACCGCCGAGAAGAAGUCGCCUAGCCGGAAGGGAGGAUUCCACAAGCCAAUGGCUCUUUCGCCUGCCCUCUCGGAGCUCUUGGGCGAGACUCAGCUCUCACGACCCCAAACCGUCAAGAAGAUCUGGGAAUACGUCAAGGAGCGCGACCUACAGGACCCAAACGACAAGCGCCAGAUCCGCUGCGACGAAGCCAUGCGCGCCGUCUUCAAGACCGACCGCGUCCACAUGUUCACCAUGAACAAGAUCCUCAACCAGAAUCUCUACGCCGUGGAUGAGGAGUAG